AUGACGGACUCUAUCGCAAGUGAAGUGAAACAGGCGAAGAAAAAGACGAAAGUGAAACAGUUUCACUGGUCAGGAAGAUUUAGUAAAAAACCGCGGCCAGAAACACCAGUUUAUGUUCCACUGGCUGAAAGAAUGUACAAGCAAGAGAAUUCACUGCCAGAUCGAUUCAAAGCUAAACCAGCUCCAGUAGCCGUCAAGUCCAUUGCGUCCCCAAGAAACACGAUUCCCAGCGGACCCUGUCUUGCCACAUAUGCAAGAAAAGGAAAAACACGGCGCGAAUUGGAAGGCGAGCGGCUACGGAACGAGAGAAACGCGAAAUUGCACUCGUCAGCUAAUGCCGAUUUGCAGAAGAAGACGAAAAAGGGGAUUAUCAAGCGAAAGAAGUAG